AUGUCCGGAGUCAGUUGCACAUCGAAGGUUCCGGCAAUCAGAAAGCUGCUGCACAAAAUAAAAUACCUACUACUGGUGUCUUUCCUAUUCGCAAAAGUGCGAGUGAGCUCUAAGUAUCGUGUUGGUAAAGAAACAGCCAGUAUCCUAGCCGCUACAGGCGUUCUAGACGACUGCCAUCUUCAAGUAAAACUUGCAUUGUCAAUUAUUCUUGCGGGUUGUCAGCCUUUCUCAUCGGAAAAGAUUUUCGAAUUCCCAGCUUCCCGUGAUACGACUCGACUGGUCUCGCUAAUCACCGACUCCUUUAGUCCAGCAGACUUCCUUGCCCUGACUGUCCGACAAAUUAUCUUAAUUCCUACUGUCAUCUCCUUUACACGACGGCCGCCAACUUGGACUCAUGGGAAGAACUAUUCGAGCAAGGGUGUUCGUUCUCAAAGCAAGAGACCCUCGGCAUGCUACACCCCGCUUUACGGCACGCAAGGCUGCUGCAACAACAUGAUCUCCCGCGACGGAAAUGCAGCUUACCAGAGCCGAGUGGCAGAGCUUUCCUUCUUGGAUGCUGGAAGUGGCUUAACAUCACUAAAAUACUAG